GGUACUUUGCCAGGCGGAGAAAAUGGCGUCUGCAAGUCUUCCUCGCGUGCUCUGUGUCCGCAAUCUGAGCAGCGCUCUCGGUCGUACUGCAAUCCAAACACGAGCUGCAACCAUCCGUGCGUGGAGACCUGUAUCUACGGCCAGCUGCUUGCGUUGGAGGCGUCAGGAGCCCGUGUGGAGCGGCCUGCCCACUACCAGUGGCCCACGUGUUCCCUCUGUGGCUCAGAGAUGGUCUUCAACCGCCGCUCUCUCCCUUCAAGAACUAGAGGAACAAGUGCUCUCUGUUCUCAAGAUGUUUGACAAAGUAAAGCCCGAGCAAGUAACUUUAGAGGCUCAUUUCAUAAACGAUCUUGGAAUGGACAGUCUUGAUGCCGUUGAAGUAGUGAUGGCCUUUGAAGACGAAUUUGGCUGUGAAAUAACGGACGAAGAGGCAGAAAAGAUACUCAGUGCCAGAGAUGCGAUAGAACUUCUCAAAACAAAGCUGGACGUUCACUAGACCCUAGUCACUGUGUAACACUGUCAGUAUGCGGCGACGCACUCUAUUGUCUGAAUGCCUGUUGUAGCAUCACCGCAGUGUGUGCGUGCUGUAUUAACACAUCAUGUACAAUAGAUAACUCCAUUCUAAAAAGUUAUACUUCGGCAC